GCCAACUGCACACGGGCAACGGAAUGCGCGCUGAUCAGCGACAAGUGAAAGCCAUCGAGCUCUGAAUAAUUGAGGACUAUUGAUGUCCAGCAGCCAGGUGAAAUCCUAUUAGUGAAAAUCCAACAAGUUCAAGAGUGCAUCCGGACCACCGAUCAAUACCCAUCCGCAAUCCAUGGAUACAGCCAAGUUGAGCGACUACGGCGAGGCCAAGACGCACUUGGAGCAGCUGCAGCAGACGCUCACGCACCUGGACCACCCGCACCACCACCACCUGGGCCUCUACCAUGGCGCCCUGCCCAGCACAUCCACCAUCACCACCGACUCGGUGGUUUCCUGUGUGAGCUCCACACUGCCGGCGGUGGCCAAGGCCAUUUCCGCGUCCUCCAGCUGCGAUGGUCUGCAGGCGGAGCGCAAGAAGUGCCACACCAGCGAUCUGGAUCAUGGUCAUGCUCAUGGAGCCAUUUGUAUUGGCCAGAAGACGUCGCCGGUUCCGCCAGUGCCGCCACCACCUUGCUGCUUGGCCCUGGGCGAAGGACCCUCCUCGCCGAAUCCCAUCGCCACGGCCGCCCUGAUGAACGCCUCCUCCGGAUCCUCCAGCUCGGGCGGAGCAAGUGCCUCUCUCUGCAACGAUCUCACGCGGGAGUCCUCCUGGUACGCCCACCACCAUCAUCACCACCACCACCAUCACCACCAGUUGGCCGACGAGCUGGUCAUGUAUGCCACGCCCACGCCCGCGCCGGCCAUCGGGAAGUUCGGACUGGACACCUCCACCGAGGGUUACCUGAACGCAAGGUACAAUGUGAAUGUCAAAGGCGUGCGUCAUGAAAGAACAUCGACUUUCUUUGACAUACCCGCUGUGACGCACCCACACUCGCAUCCGCAUCCACAUCCGCAUCCGCACCCGUACUGCUACAGAUUUCCAUCAUCGCCACCCGCGGGCAUUCUGAAAAAGAGCGACGAAGACACAGCCUCGGCAGCCGCUGCUGCUGCCGCCGCCGCCGCUGCAGCCGCAGCAGUCUACUGCAGCGACGUGUCCUCCGGCCAGCACUUCCAGCACCACACGAAGAUCGAGGACGCGGACUCCACCACAACGGCGGCCCAGCAGCAACAUCAGCAGCAGCAGCAGCAACAGCAACAGCAGCAACAUCAGCAGCAACAACAGCAACACCAACAGCAGCAGCAACAGCAACACCACCAGCAGCAACUGCAACAUGUGACCGCACUGCAUCCAAACCACCAUCAUCACCAUGGACACCACCACCAGCAGACGGAGCAGCAGGCCCUCACCCACUUGACACCGCUCCAUGCCGCCUCCGCCUUCAAGUUUAGUCACACGGCGGUCAUCUCCAGUUCGGCGGUAUAUGCCACGCCCUCGCACUACGCCCACCAGCAGCAGACGCAGUCGCAGUCCGUCUACCGGGAUCUUUCGCCCACCACCUUGGCGGCGGUCAGCGAUGCGGACCUGAAGUACGACAGUGGUCCCUACAACGCCACCAUCUCGUCCACCUAUCCCUCUGCCCUGCGGCCCAAUGUGGUGGACUCCACCACCUCCAGCGAUGCGGAACUGCGUCUGGAUCAGUUUUACGCCAGCAAUGGCAUCUCCACCAGCAGCAACGGCCAGACGAUCAGCCAGCGGAGGGGCUCCCUGCAGCUCUGGCAGUUGGUGGCCCUCCUGGAUGAACCCACCACCAGUGCCAGCUGCAUCGCCUGGACCGGCCGGGGCAUGGAGUUCAAGCUGAUCGAGCCGGAGGAGGUGGCCCGACGUUGGGGUCUCCAGAAGAACCGCCCGGCCAUGAACUACGACAAGUUGUCCCGGAGUCUGCGCUACUACUACGAGAAGGGCAUCAUGCAGAAGGUCAACGGAGAGCGCUACGUCUAUCGGUUCGUCUGCGAUCCGGACGCCCUGUUCAACAUGGCCUAUGGCCACCUGACCGCCGCAUCCGGUUCCGGAAAGGGUGACCAGCAUUUGACCCUGUCGCUGGCCAAGACGCCUCCAACUUCCGGCGACUCCCAGACGCAAUCCCCUCGCGUGGCCAAGUCGGAGUAUUACGAUACCGCCGGAUUGCAUAAAUAUUAGCUAGAUAGUCUGUGUGCGUUUGUGUGUAUCCAUAUGUGGGCGGAGCGUGGGAAUGCGGCCGAGUGGGCGUGGCCGAGUCCCGUGUACAUUGUGUAAUCUAGUUGGCGUGUGUAUGUGCGUGGGGUCACGAAUUCGAAAUGAAGGUUUCGUUAUGAUGAGCUGGGUUUGGUAAUUCUCGGAUGUACAGGGGCACAAAAGCGAAAUUUUCAACUAUUCUAGGUCACCAAUUACUACUUAAAGUUUAGUUAUUAAUAUUCUUUAGAGAAAUUAAAAAAAGUUUU